AUACAAGCUAUUAUUAUAGCACAAAAUCACUCUAUCAAUGUUCAAAGCUGGAAUUCUACGUGGCUACUCAAUUGUAUUGUAAGAUAAUUUCUGUUUGGAAAUUCACUUGUGUUAAAUUAAAACACAGGCUAUAAGAAUGAGUCAAGAUAUUGGGCUACAUAGAUCAACUGAAGGUUGGGAUUUGUCUGAAGAAGAAAAACAAACUCGUAGAAUAGUAUGGUGGACAGUUUAUUUACUUGACCGCUGGUACAGUGCAGGGACAGGACAUCCAUUGACUGUCUUUGAUGAGGAUUGUGAUGAAACUUAUCCAUCCGAAAAUGUUAGCAUGGAUGUAGUUAUGGACAUUACGACAGAAGAUGACCAGCAUUUACCAAGAUUUCCUUCGUUAGAUCAAGAUCUUGCUGAUAGAGUAAAAGACCAUUUCGUUCCUUUAAAUCAGCCUUUCAUUCAACUCUUAAAACUUUCCAAAAUUUUGGGCCUCAUCUUACAGGGUUUAUACUCUCCUCGAGCUAAAAAACAUAGCGAAAAAUAUGGAAGUGAUGCUAUUGUUGCUUAUUUGGACGAUGCAUUGUCCAAAUGGAGAUUGUCUUUACCUCCGCUCCUACAAAUAGCAAAACCAAAAGGAGAAUGUUUUAUUAACAAGACGUAUAUACCUAUUGUUUCCCCUUCAAGUCUGCUUUCCUUAUCCUAUUAUACUCUCUUGAUUCUCUUGUAUCGACCUUUUAUUGAGCGGGUAAACAAGAAGAAUAAUGAUAUACUAGAAAAAGACAAGCUUUCCUCUCAAGGUUCACUUGCAAUCUGUAUCAGCGCAGCUAUUCGAAUAGUAGAAAUUGCAGAAAGUAUGCUUUAUCGAGACUUUUUGAUGUUCUCUUGGGGAUUUGCUUUAUAUCCUGUAUUUACAGCGGCAUUAAUUCAUAUCCAUAACUGCUCAAGUUCCAGUGAAACAAUAUCUAAAGUUGCAAAGGCACAUCUUGUUCGUGCACUGGCUGUUAUUGAUAAGCUGUGCUUAUUAUCUCCAAUGUUUUUGGGCAUGGCGCGCAUUCUAAAGAAAAUAGUUUCCAUCAGUCCCUUCUUUAAAAAUGAUACUGAAUUUCUAGCUUCUGUAAAUUUUCAAAAGGAUGCAAACCCUUAUCUAUCUUUCUCUGAUCAAGAAGAAAAAGAAAACGAAUCAAUAAGCUUGCUGGAAAUUGCCAAAAACAUUAGUAAUGCGGAGAGAAUAGAUCUGAUCAAAAGCUACUGGUUUCCAAAAGACCAAGGUCAAGGAACAAAUAUAACAAAAGACAGAUUGCAGCCAGAACCUGAUAUGGAUUGGAUAAAAGAACUGUAUACACCAUCUGAACAAACUGCAUAUCUACAAGACCCUUUUGAGGUCUUCGAUACAAGUCCUUUAGGAAAAGAGCAGUACAAACAAAAUAUUUGUAAUAUGAAUGCUUAUUCCAUCCGUCAAUUUGGUUUAUGUAUGCAAGCACCAGAACUGCAACAACAACGACAACAGCAACAAAAGCAACAACAGCAACAAAAGCAACAACAGCAACAGCAAGCAUUUGCUAAUCUGCAUCAACCCUUUAGCGGGCUUAGUGUUCCUUCUUGUUAUGAACAUCCAGCCACAAAUACGUUGUUUGAGCUUGCAGACUUUUCCUUCCUUUUUCGUCAUGAAAGAUCAGCGAGUGAUAUGAAAACUUCCGCAGCUUUUAUGAGCCAAGUUACUCCUGAAUGGUCCAUCAACAAUCAAGCCGGAUCCACUACCAAUCAAGCCUCAAAUAACGUGUCUUCAGAACAAAUUUCUUCAAUGGGAAGCCAAGAUCCUCUGGCGCAGUUUAGACAUAGACCGGAUAAUCCGUUUUGGGGAAUUCCUAGUAGUAUUGAACUUGAAGAAUGGAAAGCUUUUGUUCUUCAAUACCAACAACAAAUGAAAGAUAUUUAAUAAGAUCAUCGUUAGUUUAUUGUUAUCGCUUGUUUGUUUUUUAAUGACACAAAUUAUUUUUUUUUAUUAAAUACAGUUGAUAAUAGAAAGAAAGGAGAUUGAUUAAGCCAAAGCAAUUUGUGAAGGUUUGACAAAGAUGCCUCUAUUUGGAGAAGUGGUAAAAUAUCUUUUUCCAUUUAGGAACCCAUCGUUUGAGCCAACUAAAGUAACGUUAUGAGUAAAAUGCUGUAUUAUUUAUGCAAUAAAAUAAUUUUACCACUUCUGUCCAACUCCAGACCCAAGAAGAUUUCAUUAUUAU